UCCCAAGCAAACAAUCCUCUGUGGCCCAUGCAGGGGUGACCUUCACACUUCACCUGAAGUCCCGCCUUCCCUCUGAUGUGAGGAGUUUGAUUCUACAGAAGAAACCAAACAUCGGAAUCAUGUCCAGCAUGGCUAGGGGGCUCCAGCCAGCCAGUGUGGUGGUCCUGCCCCGGUCCCUUGCUCCGGCCUUUGAAAAGUUCUGCCAGGUCAACAGUGGCCCUCUGCCGCUGCUGGGCCAAAGUGAGCCAGGCAAGUGGAUGUUGCCUGCCCUGGAUGCUGUCCCAGGUACCAGGACGGGCUGUCCCCAGUUCUGGAAGUAUGAGUUCAGCACCUGCACGGGCAGCCUGACCUCGCUGGAGGAGUCCUCGGAGCUGCUGAAGGACAUGGUGGCCUUCCUCCUGGGCAGCAGCUUCUCCCUGGAAGGGGCCUGGGAGAAGGGGGGACUCCCCAGAAGGGACUCAGCAGGCCAUGGCCACAUGGGUGCAUACAAGACAGAGGUGCCUUGUGCCACCGUUGCUGGCUUUUGCUGCCCUCUGGUGGUCACAAUGAGGCCCGUUCCCAAGGACAAACUGGAACGGCUGGUGCAGGCCUGUUGCUCCUUGGGGGGUGAGCACGGACAGCCGGUUCACAUUGGCGACCCAGAACCGUUGGGUAUCAAAGAUCUUUCCAAACCUGACUGUGGGGAGCCUGUGGUGUGUCAGCCAGGGCAUGUUCCAGUGUUCUGGCCUUCUCAGCUGACCAGUCUCGAAGCUGUCAGCGCCUGCAAGAUGCCACUGGCUUUCACCAGCGCACCGGGUUGCACAGUUAUGACUGACCUGAAGGGUACAGCGGCUCCGGCCAGAUGUCUCACCCCUGAGGGAAUGCCAGAGGUCCAUCACAUUUCCCAGGAUCCUUUGCACUGCAGCAUGGCAUCAGCCUCAGUCGCUCAGAAGAUCAGAGAACUGGAGAUGAUAAUUGCCAUCGACCCAGGCAGCCGGGGGCUCGGGCACCUGCUCCGUCCAGGUGAGCUGCUGCGGGCCUCCCUGUCUCUGUCCCACGCCCGCUCCAUGCUCCUCACCACCGGCUUCCCCACGCAUCUCAGCCACGAGCCUCCGGAAGAGACGGACGGCCCGCCGGGAGCCGUGGCUCUGGCUGCCUUCCUGCAGGCCUUGGAGAAGGGGGUCUCCGUGGUCGUCGACCAGAGAGCCUUGAAUUUGCACAAGAAGCUUGUUGACGAGGCUAUACAGCGAGGUGUUCUGAAGAGGCAGAUCCCAAUAUUAACUUACCAAGGCCGAUCGGUGGAAGCUGCUCAGGCGUUUCUAUGCAGAGAUGGGAACCCCAAGUCACCCAGGUUUGACCAUCUGGUGGCGAUCGAGCGCACGGGAAGGGCUGCCGAUGGCAAUUACUACAACGCAAGGAAGAGGAACAUCAAGCACGUAGUGGACCCCAUUGACGAUCUUUUCCUUGCAGUGCAGAAGAUUCCUGGAAUCUCAUCACCUGGGGUCGGUGACGGAGGCAACGAGCUUGGGAUGGGCAAAGCCAAGGAGGCCGUGAAGAGGCACAUACGAAAUGGGGACAUCAUUGCCUGUGACGUGGAGACUGACUUUGCGGUCAUCGCUGGCAUGUCUAACUGGGGAGGUUAUGCCUUGGCCUGUGCGCUGUACGUCCUGAACUCAUGUGAGGUCCACAGAUGUUAUCUGAGGAAGGCAGUUGGGCUUCGAGCUCCUGGAGAACAGAACUGGACUCAGGCCCUCCCAUCCAUCACUAAGGAAGAAAAAAUGUUGGGCAUCCUGGUGCAGCAUGGAGUCCAGAGCGGAGUCUCGGGCACCCUAGGCAUGAAGGUGGACGGGCUGCCCUUCCAUGGCACUUACGCCCAGAUGAUCCAGAAGCUGGCAGACCUCACCAUGGCGCAAGGGUGA